ACGCACCGUAGCUCCCUCACAGGCAGGAAUCAAAGUCCCAAUCAUGUUUAGGGACGCGACGGCCUCGAACCGGUCUUCGGGCGCGGGCCCCGCCGGCCACGACUGGUGGAGCGAUGCGCCGCGGGAACAGUUGUCGCGCAGCGGCCACCGAGUGGUGUCGCUCUUCUUAGGCUCCAUCAUGGUGUUCGGCUUCCUCAACAACCUGCUGGUCCUGGUUCUGUUCUGUAAGUUCAAGACCCUGAGGACGCCUGUCAACAUGCUGCUGCUCAACAUCAGCGUCAGCGACAUGCUGGUGUGCGCGUGCGGUACCACGCUAAGCUUCGCUUCUAGUCUGCGGUACCGGUGGCUCUUCGGCCGGCUGGGCUGCUUGUGGUACGGCUUCAUCAACUCCUGCUUCGGUAUUGUUUCUCUGGUGUCUCUGGCCCUGCUAUCCUAUGAGCGAUACAGCACCCUCCUAGUGUACAACAAGCAGGCCUUGGACUACAGGAAGCCUCUGCUAGCUGUGUGCGGGGCUUGGCUCUACUCGCUGGCGUGGACUAUGCCCCCUUUACUGGGAUGGAGCAGCUACGGUCUAGAGGGGGCAGGAACCAGCUGCUCUGUGACGUGGACCGAGCCAACAUCUCGCUCUCACUCCUAUAUCGUUUGUUUAUUUGUCUUCUGCCUGGGCCUCCCCAUCUUUAUUAUGGCGUACUGCUAUGGCCGCCUCCUGCAUGCUGUUAAACAAGUGGGUCGAAUCCGACGGACGAGGCGGCGUGAGUUCCACAUCCUGUUCAUGGUCGUCAUCACGGUGGUUUGCUUCCUCCUUUGCUGGAUGCCGUAUGGCGUUGUGGCCAUGAUUGCCACGUUUGGUCAGCCGGGCCUCAUCAGCCCUGUGGCGAGUGUAGUGCCAUCUAUCCUCGCCAAGAGCAGCACCGUCUUCAACCCUGUCAUCUACAUCCUGAUGAACAAGCAGUUCCACCGUUGCUUCCUGAUCCUCUUCCACUGUCAGCACCAGCUGACAGAGAACUUACAGUCCGUCGCAUCCAGAACCACCACGGCCCAUCUCAAUCAUCUUGCGGCGGGCAGCGGCCCCAUUGAUUCGGGCAAUGCCGGCCAAGCAGUCGUCGAAGCCUGUGACAAAGAGGGCACCAGCGCCAGCCUCUCGGAAAAAAUGGAAGCACCUGCGAUGUCGCUUGCUGAGAUCUCUUUGUGAGGUCUUGCGGGACUUAAAAAUCACAGGAACAUUUAAGAAAUGUCACCUGGAGCUCCAAGAGUGGAGGCAAGGACUUACUAAUUGAUGGAAACUAAUUGAUGGGUCUGAACAAAUGUCAAUCCUUUUCUUGUGAAGUCAACCUGAUUUGGUUGUUGAAAGUGAAAUAAAGGUCUUUUUUAACGUUUAAUCCUGAAAUGAACACUCAGUCCCCCCAAUGAAUUGCGCCCGCGUUUACGCCAUCAUCCAGAUGAAACAGAACUGCCGCUGCUCGCACAGAAGUUCAGGCGAAUGAAUCACAACAUUAUCAGUGACAACAUUUCAAUAAUGUUGAUGCAUGGCCCAUUUAUUUACACAUAAA